GGAACUGAAAUGUAAUACUUGGUUUCGUGUUUCCUGUAGUGAGCUUUGAAAAUGUGAGCUAAUCAUAUCAGUGUUGGUGCCCCCUUGUGUUGUGUUUUUUGAUAUCACAUAGAGAUUUUUAAAUUAUAUAUGCCAUGCGAUUUAUUUUGAAACAAAUGAAAGAUUGCAAUCCUUAAUUUAGCGGCAUAUUAUAGUAGUUAAGUGAGUUAUUUUUGAAUUAUGAAAUCUCUUAUCAGAAAUGCUUAAUUACUUCAGGCAUCAUUCAGAUUUUAAACAUUUAAUUUAUGAUGAAAUUUGCCCUAUAGUUUAUAAUUCAAUUCAGUAAUCAUUUGUUACCUGCUGUGGUCACUAUAGGCACUGAGGACAUAAAACUAGAAGCAGGGCCUGCCCUCCGGGAUCUUGCCUCCCCUGGGAGGAUGAGGCCCACCCCCAUGCAAUGGUAAAUGAGAACGUCAGUCUAGUGAUCUCUCGGCAGCUGCUGACCGACUUCUGCACACACCUGCCGAGUCUGCCUGACGGCACGGCCAAAGAAGUCUAUCAUUUCACCUUGGAAAAGAUCCAGCCCAGAGUCAUCUCAUUUGAGGAGCAGGUUGCUUCAAUAAGACAGCAUCUUGCAUCGAUAUAUGAGAAAGAAGAAGACUGGAGAAAUGCAGCCCAAGUGUUGGUGGGGAUUCCCUUGGAGACAGGACAAAAGCAGUACAAUGUGGAUUAUAAACUGGAGACCUAUCUGAAAAUCGCCAGGCUCUACCUGGAGGACGACGACCCUGUGCAGGCCGAGGCCUACAUCAACCGAGCUUCCUUGCUGCAGAACGAGUCCGCCAAUGAGCAGCUGCAGAUCCACUACAAGGUGUGCUAUGCUCGUGUUCUUGAUUAUAGAAGGAAGUUCAUCGAAGCUGCCCAAAGAUACAAUGAGCUCUCCUAUAAGACGAUAGUCCAUGAAAGUGAGAGACUAGAGGCCCUGAAACAUGCUCUGCACUGUACCAUCUUAGCGUCAGCAGGACAACAGCGCUCUCGAAUGCUAGCUACUCUUUUUAAGGAUGAAAGGUGUCAGCAGCUCGCAGCCUAUGGAAUCCUAGAGAAGAUGUAUCUAGAUAGGAUUAUCAGAGGAAAUCAGCUUCAAGAAUUUGCUGCUAUGUUGAUGCCUCACCAAAAAGCAACUACAGCCGAUGGUUCCAGCAUCUUGGACAGAGCUGUCAUUGAACACAAUUUGUUGUCUGCAAGCAAGUUAUAUAAUAAUAUUACAUUUGAAGAGCUUGGAGCUCUAUUAGAGAUCCCUGCAGCUAAGGGUUGUUGUGAGGAUCAAAAGACAACAGUGGGUGCUGUAGAAAUGCUUGUUCCCUUCCUUCCUUCUCAUCUGAACCCCAGAGAGGCAGAAAAGAUAGCAUCUCAGAUGAUUACCGAAGGCCGUAUGAAUGGAUUUAUCGAUCAGAUUGAUGGAAUAGUUCAUUUUGAAACCCGUGAGGCUUUGCCAACGUGGGACAAACAGAUUCAGUCACUUUGUUUCCAAGUGAAUAACCUUUUGGAGAAGAUAAGCCAGACAGCACCCGAGUGGACGGCGCAGGCCAUGGAGGCCCAGAUGGCCCAGUGACUCGACGCUCAUUGACCGGCUUCUGCAGCGUCUCUGUGAUCGUACAGAUUAAUUUCAUUACGACUCCAAAGAAUCUGUAUUAUGACCCUGCACAUUUCCGUGUCCUCUUACAACAGAAUCUAUUUCAAGAAGCAUUAUUUCAGAGGAGAUGGUAUGAACGAACACUUUAAAUUUCUCAGUCCUCAGUCCCCGUGUUUGGUGGGUGUCUGUCUAUCAGACUGCUGCGGUUGUUUUGAAGGUGUUUGUUUAAAUUGCUGGAGCGAAAUCUCUGUGACUAAAAAGAUUUAUUAUAGUUCUUCACCUUGUGCUACGUUGUACGUGUGCUUUAUUCCUCUCAGAUGUUCCAAUAAAGAGGGGAAGGAGCCAAAUACAAAUGGGUUUUUGUGUUUUAA